GCCAUUUCUUGGCACAGUAGAAAAAAAAGUCGAGAGUGAAAUGUUCUUUUAUUAACAUGACUAUAGGAAUAAAUAAUAUUUGAAAAAAAUAUUUUUCCAUAGUUCGGUGAGCAAUCUAUCUUGUGGUUCCCUGCACAGAACGCUGUAAUAUUGAAUUUCAUUGCGAAGGCAGGGCUACAGUGAAUCGAUUAAAAAAGAGCAGAAGUUUCACGAGUGGUGAAAUGUCAGUAAGCGACUAGUUGUGAAAGAGAACGGACAUAUUUUAAUUUCGGCAGCUUUCAGAUAUUAAGAUUAAAACAUUCUGAAGGCUUUUAAAUAAUGGCAACGCAGGAUUCACCUCGUUGUGGACGUUUUCAAGUGCUGUGUUACGAGCAAGUGGAGAAACUUGACAAAGUGUUGGAGGAUGCCAUUCCGAUUCACGGACGCGGAAAUUUUCCAACUUUGGAAGUGAAGCUCAAAGAUUUGGUACAAGUUGUGAGAGAGAAAUUACGGACAGAAGGGGUGAGCGUGCGGGAUAUUCGCCUGAAUGGCGGUGCUGCAAGUUAUAUUCUAGGGAACGGUAACGAAAAUGUCCAGCCAUACAAUGACUUAGAUUUGAUCUUUGGAGUAGAUCUCACAAAUAACAAUGAAUUGCAGAAAAUAAAGAAUUGUGUCUUGAACUGUUUGUUAGACUUCCUUCCAGAUGGAGUUAACAAGGAGAAAAUGAGUAGCUGCAGCCUGAAGGAAGCCUAUGUGCAGAAAAUGGUGAAGGUUUGCAAUGAGCAUGGUGACAGGUGGUCCCUGAUCUCACUUUCCAACAACAAGGGUAAGAAUGUGGAACUGAAAUUUGUGGAUAAGGUGAAACGGCAAUAUGAGUUCAGUGUAGAUUCCUUUCAAAUAAUCCUUGACAGUCUAUUGACGUUUCAUGAAAUAUCUGAUCCUGGCACCCCAAUGAGUGAAAACCUGUACCCAACCCUUGUUGCUGAAAGUGUGUACGGUGAUUUCAACGAAGCUUGGACACACUUGAAUUCCAAGCUUAUUGCGACAAGAAAUCCAGAGGAAAUUCGUGGUGGUGGGCUUCUGAAAUAUUGCAAUCUCUUAACACGGAGCUUUCGAGCAGCUGAUAGUAUGGAUGUAUGCCAAAUGGAAAGGUACAUGUGCUCACGCUUUUUUAUUGACUUCAAUGAUGUGAAGCAGCAGAGACAAAAACUGGAAGCGUAUUUGAAUAACCAUUUCAGUGGUGAAGAAGAACUAAAGCAUGAGUACCUGUUGACUCUGUAUCGCGUGGUAGAUGAAAGCACAAUAUGCCUGAUGGGCCAUGAAAGAAGACAAACUUUGAACCUAAUUCAGCAAUUAGCGUGUCAAGUCCUGAUGGAACAGGAACAAAGAAUUCACAACAAAUAUUUAGAAAUGCAGCAAUUUGACCAGUUGAAUGGAUUGACAAUUGACCAAGUGUAUUAUGGGCCAGUGAAUCUGAACAUUUCUGGUCAGUAUUACUAUAACAAUAACUACCCUCAGGUGUACGUGAACGGACAGUGUCCGUAUUGUCCCAGCCCUGCAUACCUUCCUUGCUCAUGAAUCCUUUCAUUGACUGAUUCAAGGAAUACGUGUCCUUGGAAUUAUGGUGUUGAACCAUAUGUCUCGCAAACUUACUGCUAAUAAGUGCAUGAAACAUGUGAUGUGAUAGUAGCAAUUCAAAACUUUUUUGCAAAUUAUCCAGUGAAAUAAAUUGUGUUCAGUGUCUGUCAUGACACAUCUGUGCAUAUAAACAAUUAAUAACUUAUAUAAAUAGCUCAAUGAAAGCUUAUGAAGAGGUAUUUUCGCUCAGAUAUAAAUAAUAUAUGUGUAAAUUCAUCCCUUUUGAGAAGGAUUAUGGAACCAGUGUGUGUGUUAGGAUUUGCCAGAAUUUGUGAGUGCUCACAGAUUUAUCGUUUGUUUAUGUAAAUAACAUCCAGGAUAGAUUUUCAAGAUAAAUGGCCUUGGCGCUGAUGGAAUGUGCCAAUUCCUGUAACACAUAUGAAUUCUUCUCAUGUUAUCUAAAGAGUGUGCAGCUUUGUGCUGUAGACUAGGAUGCUUCCAGGAACUCGGCUUGAACAUGAAAAGCAUUUGGUGUUUUGUAAACACCAGCCUGUACAUUUAUAACUGGUUAUGAUGUAAAAAUAAUUUUUCAGCUACAAACAAUUUGAGAGUUAAGGAGAGAUAUUUUUCUAUGUAUAUAAUCCACAUAUAAAUACGUAUAUAUAUAUAUAAUUGUUAUUUCAAAUUGCAAGUGUAUUUUAUAUAAAUAUCUAUUUUUGCGCGAGUCAGCGAGAGUCUGAUACAUUGUAUAAUAUAUUUUGUUGAUGUAAAGUUUUAUAACUUCUCAUUUAUGAUGACCUGUAAAAAAAAAAAAAGGAACAAAAUAGUCAGAAAAUAUUGUGGAAAAACACACAAAUAACUCAUCAGUGCAGGAUGCUUAAAGCAUAUUUUUGUAUAUAAAUCAUAAUUAUUCAUUUCAUCAUAAAGUAUGUUUGAAAUAAGUUUUCCAUAUGGUAUGAAACUGUAUAAGUUUCCAAGUUCCCUAAUCCUCCGAAAUUUAGAGAAAUAAUUUUUAUACUUCUGUUGUUUUGUUUUUAUUUCUUUAGACAAAUAGAGAUAUUAGAUAGCAGGGAUUUAUAUUUCUGUUUUAGAAAAAGAGAUUGAAUUACACUGCUAACCUGAAUCACCUUUAUCAUAAGUUUAAGGUUGUAAUAUCAAGAACAUAAUUAUUGAAUGUCUGCUGACAAGAAACAUUUCGUGGACAACAUACAGAGUUCUAUGUCUGAAUCCAAGAAUUUUACCAAUAAGAAGUAAAUUAUAAAUUAUUUAUUGAGUGUGUUAUUAAAAACAAAAGAUUCCGAUGUAGUUUACGGUUAUACUCCACCAAGAUUUCCAUUAUAGACAAAGUAUUUCCCACUGAAAAAAGGUGUAAGAGACAAUCUCCUAAUACUACAGAUUAAUUCAGAUUAGGUUAAAUUAUUGGUAAACUACUUUAUUAGUUAAACAAAAUAGACAAUCUUGAUAGUUAAUUGUUAAUAUAUUAUAAUGUUAUGUUUAGAUAUAGUAUAAGAUUAAAUUUUUCAAAAAUUUAGUAACGGUUUUACACAUUUAUAAAUUAAGUGUGCUGGAAAACCCUUAGUUUUCAGUUAAGUUUUCUAGUGUGAGAAAGACAGUAAUGAUAGAUGCUUGUAUAAGACUUGUACAGUUUUAUGAGAAAUGCAAACAUUUUAGUUUAUCUUCCGCCAAGUAAUUAAUUUCUUAAACUACAAACCAUGUGGACAUUAGCUGGCCUAUUUACCAUUCAAUGAUACAGUCUACAAAUAAAUAUAUCAAUAAAUUUUUAUGUGUGACAAUGAAUAAAGGGGAACAGUAUCAAAUUUGUAUGUAAAAUUUGAAUCAUUUUCGCUCGUAAUUACCGAAUACGUAACUUUUAUUGCUUAACCAAUAAAAGUUACUUUCCAUUUUAUUUUUUACGUUCAACAUAAAAGUUUCUACUUUUCCUUUCGAAUUUUAUGUUAACUGUAACUGGUCUGGAUACAGACAUUGAAUUUUCUAUCUGUUAUAGGAUAGGGCCAUAUAUUAACAUGUGUAAUUGUAGAGUUUUACUGUUAUGAGUAUUUUAUUAGUACUUAAUUUUGGAAUAUGUUCAGUAUGGUGGUGUGUUACAGCCAGGUCACUGUCUAUAAUACUGAUUGGCCACAGCCAUAUGAUUUAUAUGAGUGGUGUUGACCACAAAACACUAGCUUGACAGAUAAACUGCCACAAUGAUCAAGUGGUUUCAUCUUUGGCGAAAAUAAAACAGAAUUCCCCAAAACUGGUAUCAAACAAUAGGUGUUGUAUUGAAACGGAAAUAGACUCUUCCAUAACAAAGUGAUCCUUUUAGGAAGUUUUUUAAAAAUAAAAGGCUUUAUCUAUGAUCUCAUGCAUAUAUAUUUCGACUUGGACAUCUGACUGAAACUGCUUGACCUCACACAUGUUUAAUGGCCUGUUCUAAUUGGUCACACAAGUACAUGAUUACCAUUAUGAGGUUGUAAUCACGUUUUUUUUUAUCAAAAGGAAGUUGUACUACAUUGUUAGGAUGAGUUUUGUAUACCGAAAAACAUGAACACUUUUAGUAACAUAAACUGGUACAUAUUUUACCAGCAUUAAAAAAGAUAUUGUCCAAUUUCAUAUUGUACUUUAUUUAAGUACAUACAUAAUGUGUCUAUAAUUAUGCUGUGUGAUUGAUGUCUUACUUUCAGACCAUACUUCAUACUUAAACUGAAUAAUUUUUUAAGAUUGAUUGAUUUGGUUUCUUUAUUGUAAUUAAUCAUUGUUAUUGGUUGGAAAUAACAAAAGUUGCUGUUUAAGAAUUCAAAUUUUAUUGUUGUUUCAUAAGACAUUGAAAUAGUUAUAUCAAGGCUUUAUCUUACAUGUUAAGUGUAUAAAUAGGACAGAUAAAGAUAACAUCAUUUUGAAGAUGGCUUCCCAAAAUAAAAACAAGUGUUUCUAAAUUUGAUAAAACUGAUAGUUUGCAGUUUUUGAGAUAUCGCCCAAUGUUACUUCACAACCCGGGCUCAGUUUGGUAUUUGCACUUACAUGACCAUGUCUGUAGCUGUAAACUACCGCAUAUUGAAGUAACGUAAGAAUUUAACAUCUAAAUCAGAAAUGCUUGUCAUAAUAGUUUACAAGCCAGAUUUUUCCCAUAUGAAGUGGAGUUGUUUCAUUUACAUUUUGUCCGAAUUCCAGCUGGCUUUAAGAUUUUGUUUCAAGUCCUGUAUUCUGAACAAACAGUACUUCUCUAAUCGGUGAAAUGCUAGUUGACCUGGUUGAACCUAACUUGUCCAUUUUAAAAAAUCAUCUGACAGUGACUUUUUAGUAUGUGUAUUGACUUUUAUAAGCAAAAUCUGUUUUAUAAUACAGAUAAAAUAUCUGUAAAGUUAUAUCAUCUAUAUUGAAUAUAUAUACUAUGUAAACUACAGUAUUGACCAGGUCACGGAGUAGGACAGCUUUAGAUUUCUCUGGCUCUAUUGAUAUUUCUUACAGGUCUUUCCAUUAAAUCAUGUAUACACUAACUUAAAUACUGUCAAUAUAAGUACAGAUACAGAAAGGUCAUUUGAAAUACAAUGUAGGAAUGAUGUUUAUAUUUAUAUGUAUAGAUCGUGUGAAUGUUUAACGUUAGCUUUGCUACUGUUAUAAUUUUAGUCUCAUUUUUGCACAUUGCAUUAGAGAUGAACAUUUUCUUUUCAUAUAUAAAAGGGUAAUUGGCAAUGGCCGUUUAAAAUUCCAAUUUUAGUGAUCAUUUUCCAGAGGUUCGGAGAAAAAAUCAUUGAUUUAUUGGUGUACAUUCCAUAUCAUACCUCCAAAAUUUCAGCACAUUAAAGUCAUUUUGAAAUAUAUGUCAGGUUUAGGAUUGUCAUUGUUACUUAUUAAUACCAACCUGUGAUUUAACUUGUAUAACCUUAAAAAUGACUUCAGGGGAUUCAACUGGGAAAGUUGUGGGUCAUUUCAUUGCAUUUUCACCACUACUUCCUUUAAUUUCAUCAAAAUUAAUAUUUGUAAUUAUGUUAUCCAGUGAACACUGAAAAUCCAUUGAAAAGUUCAUGUAGGUAUAUGUUAUGUCAUUAAGUUCAUGAAAUUGAUGUAAUUUUUGAAUUUCAUAUCGCCCCCAAUAGGGCAAGGAAGGUCAUAAGAGCAUGUUGUAGUAAAGUCAUUGAUGACUGUACAGUAUAUGCUUACUAAGAAAUUAAGUAAGUAUCAGCUGCAGAUUAUAUUGGGAACCGUACUAUAAUAUAUACAUAGGUUAACCCUUACCCUGCUUAAUUUCUGUAAUGAACUAGUCCAUCUUUCAGUUUGGAAAGUACCAUUAACUGUUAAAAGGGUGCUUACCUAAAUGACACUGACUGAAUAACGAACAGUGCAGAUAUGCUCAGACUGCACUGGUCGCAAAAGCAGAAUCAGUUGUGUCCAGCAGAAUAAGGGUUAAUGGUAGAGACAGCUGACAUCUCCAGUCUGUUCCUCACCCAGGCACCAGAAAUCUGCUUUACAUGAAUUUAAUAUCAGGAUUUUCAAAACAAAGAUUUCAUUAUGCUGUUCCAAAGCUAAGUUGAAAAUAACCAUUAUAAAAGAAGAUGUGAAAUAAAUAUUUCUGUUGUAUUUUUUCACUUUAAUAUUAUGUUGUUUUUCAGUGUCCAGUCUACAAAUUAUUAAUUGUAAAAAGAUUGUCCUUAAUGUAAAAUAAAUUUGUAUGUUAUCAGCUGACCUCAUUCAGUUAGAAAAGUGGUCACAUAAUUUUUCAAUAAUUCAACUCAUUGAAACAAAAAUAUUUACUUAAACUGGAUUAACAGAUUAGGUUAAGACGAUUAAACUUAAAUCACAAAAUAUCACAAAUGCAUAGUGUAAAGAAACUAGUAAGAGGUCUUGAUAAUGGAAUUGCUGUAUGUGUCAUUACCUAAUUAUACAUGACUGUGUAUUAUUACUUAAUAAUACACAUAUGUUAUUACCUUAUAAAUAAACAUGUAUUAUUACCUUAUAAUACACAUGUGUGAUUACCUAAUAAUAAACAUGUAAAGUGGUAAUUGUAUUAGGUUAAAAACAAUCCCAAGUCUAAAAUGAUUAUGCAUCUUCAACCAAAAAUAUAAGUCGUAUAAGAACUUUUCAAGAAAAUCAUUGUAAUAUUUGAAUAAGACAUGAGGCUGUCUAUUUCCAGAACAUAUAUACAGUAUGAAUAAUUUAGUGACACCUAGUUACAAGGUAUUAACAUCACGAUUGUAACCGAUACUUUGUUGUAUUCUUACAUGUAUAAUUGGUGUAAUAACUGAACAAGAACAAAUUUAGACAUACAAAAUGUAUGAAUGCAAAACUGGAGAAUUCUAUUUUAGUUCUGUUGUUAAUGAUGUUAUAUAAAACAAGGCUGUUAAUGGGAAAAAAAAUAUUAUUUUUGGAAACGUGUUCGUGAAUAAGUUGAGAGAAUUGACUAUUUUAGUCAGAUAGUACUGUUUUUGUAUAACGAUAAUAUAGUUUUAUCUAUGUAGUCAUCAUUAAUUUAUAUGUAUGACCUUAUUGAUCUACCCUGUUAGAAAUAGCUUUAAAUUACAUCAUAGUGUUUAUAGAUAAACUACAUAAAGUUAGGAUUUUGCCGAAUUAUGUCUCAGUAAAACUUUUAAUUACUAAGAUUUAAAGCAGAUUUGAUAUUGUGAUGAAUAUUAAUGAUACAUCAGUAUACACUUGCUGUAUUAUGUGCCACGUUAAUUAUUAAAUUGUAAUCACUAAAUCAGUCAAAUUGCCUUUAUGAUGAAAAAAAUCAGAUAACAACAAGUUAUGAUGUUUUUUUUUUCUUUUCUUGUCUUUUUUCUUUUGUUUUUUUUUUUUUUGUACAAGAUCAUUAUUUGUGUGUGAUUUAUGUAAUCAUUUAAAUCUUUCUUUCGAUUCAUAAGGCUUGUCAGUGGAACAGUGAAAUGGGUAAAAUACAUUAUCCUUGUCAAAUAGGUACUAAAUCUUGUCUAAUUUAUAUUUUUGGGAAUUCAGCAGUUUUAUGCAACUGAAAGAAAUUAUUCAUGUGAAACAUAAAAUUUUUACUGACUCAUUAGUCAUUCGCAUUGGUUCAGAUCAGUAGUGACAGUUUUUUGGAUUGUACCAGUAAUACUAACGUUGAUUUGACUAAUUCAGAAAUAUGUAUAUGAAGAACUAAAAGUUUUAAAAUACCUAUCAAAUCAUAUUUUAAUAUUUCUGUGUGUCAUAUUUCUGAUUGGUCACUAAAUACAAUGACAGAUUUUCCCAUGUCUCAACUUUUUUUUUCCAAAAAAUAAGUUAGUUUCGCAUUAACUACAAAAUCACUAAAUUUGCCUAAACUGGAAUUUAAGUGCAUUUUUAAUUGGGUAAUAAAUAUGCAUUUGUUACUGUGUAUUUGGUUCUUAAAAUUUGACAUAACAUAUGGUAAUAAUUUAAACAGGAUGUUGAUUUCCCAUAACUGACAAUCAUUACAAACCAAUUUAUAUUGUAGAAGGGUUUUAUUUUAGAAUUCGCCUUUUCACACUUUAUAUUUACAUAUAUCUUGCUGUAAACUUGCAAGUUUUUUUCUGAGUUAUUUAUAAAUAUCCAAAUGUUAUGCAUAACUUAAAAGCUGAAAUAGUGUUUUGUUAAUUAGACGUUAUUGUUAUAUCUAAUUAGUGAAACAUUAUCAGAAUAGGUUGACAAAGGUUAUGUUUUUGUAACUAUCUAAAGUUCAUUACCAGCAAUUAAUGUCACAUGUUUAUUGAAUUGUUUUGUUAGAAUUAAUUAAUUUUUGUUGAUAGCGAGAUUCUGCAGGUAUGUGUUUAGGCAUAAAAAAAAUGUUUGUUUCCAGUAUACCAACCUACCCUAAAUUUUUUGGCCUGACUCUAAAUGUUUUUAUGGCAUUGGAGGAAUUUUUUUUUCCAACUUUUUAACAAAAAGUUGCUAAACUGCACUUUUUAUGCUUUAAACAUGGUCAGUGAUGUUAGAAAUCAACUUUUACAGAUGCUGUAAAGGCAUAACCCCCUUAUUUGUAUUCAUUUUUUGACAUAAAAAUAAUUUCUGAAAAGCCUCACUUAAAAAAAAAAAUCCAAAAAAAAAAUUUUCCCACCUACCUAACCUAAUUGUUUGUAGCAUGUUACUGGAAACAAAGAAUUUUUUUUAGGCCUUAUGAAAAAGUAUAUAUGUAUACAUGUUGCUGUGUAUAUUUACUUUCUGUGCCUUUCUUUUGUAGUAUAAUACUAUAAUGCAGUAAGCCUGUUGUUGUACAUGCAGACAGCUGUUGUGGAUUUAUGUGAUAUCUGUCAUUCUUUAUUGAUGUAAAUAACCAACACUAUUCAGAUAGUGCUCCAGGUGAAACAGUUAUAAGUCGGGCAUGUAUACUUGUUAACCGCAUGUAAUAAUUAUACCAAAACUGAUAUAACAAUAACUCACCGUAAUUACACCACGCACAGCUCCCAGGUUAAUUGAAACCAUUGUCAUUAGUUUUGAUGAGAUAAUUUCGCCUUAAUUAAAACACCUACAUGGUAAACACAUUUAUUUAUAUUGACUCUGGCAGUACUUACAAAAAUGUCAGAGUUCAGAUUGAAGUUCAUGUUAACAUUUGAAAAUACUUUCUCCCUUGAUUUCGUGAUGGAAGAAUAGUAAUCACAGGCCAUUUAACCUUUACCCUGCUGGCGGCAAGUGUUUCUGCCUUUGCGACCAGUGCAGACCAAUUUCAGAGCUGUUCCCUGUUCAGCCAUUAGAUUUUCUGCAAACACCUCUUUGAAUAGAAAAUGGUUCUGCCCAAAUUGAAUGAAAGACCAGUGCAUUUUAGAAAUUUAGCAGGGUAAAGGUUAAUUAAUAUUAAAUUGAAAAUGUUAAUUAAAAUCUUCCCGUUAAGAGUUUUGUUAUCAAAGAGAAUAACAGUCUCUGGAGAAAACUAACAUAUUGCAGUUUCUCAGUAACAACCUUGACAUAAAAACACUCCAUCUAAAACCACUUACUGUUAAACAAGCACUUGCCACAAGAUAGCGGUUUUUGAAGUUGAUGAAGAACAAUUACUGGAGCACUAAGUUACUGAUAGACUGUACAAAGUCCAUGUUGCCACUUGAAUAUGUGUAGCUGUACUUAACCCUUACCCUGCUGAAUUUCUAUAAUGAACUUGUCCAUCUUUCAAUUUGGACAGUACCAUUAACUGUUAAAAGGGUUGCUUACCAAAAAGAUACUGACUGAAUGGCAAACAGUGCAGAUCAUGAUCAGACUGCACAGGUGUGCAGGCUGACCAUGAUCUGCAUUGGUCGCAAAGGCAGAAUCAAUCGUGUCCAGCAUGGUAAGGGUUAACAGACUUCUUGUUAAGGUGUAGAUCUUGGAAAGGAGUGUAAUUGGUAGAAAUACAGUUAAAAAUGUUGAUUAGGCAUAAAAAAAAAAAAAUUUGUUUCCGGUUUCCCGACUAACCCUAAAUUUUUUGCCUGACCCUAAAUGUUUUUAUGGCCUUGGAGAAUAAUUUUUUCAACUUUUUGACAAAAAGUUGCCAAACUACACUUUUUAUGCUUUAAACAUAGUCAGUGAUGUUAGAAAUCAACUUCCUGAUGCUCUAAAGGCAUAACCCCCUUAUUUGUAUUCAUUUUUUGACACAAAAAUAAUUUCCGAAAAGUCUCCCUUAAUAAAAAUAAAUUCCAAAAAAAAAAUUUCCGACCUACCUACCCUUAUUUUUUUUAGCAUGUUACCGGAAACAAAGAAUUUUUUUUUUAGGCUUUAUUGUUCACAGUAACAUCUCUGUACCCGAUUAUGUCAAAUACACCAGAUGUGAAAAUAAAACAAUAACGUAAGAAAGUUUUUUUAAAAAAUCCAUUUAUGGAGUGAAUAUUUUUUUGUACUUAAAGGAUAACCUGAGAAAAUGUACUUGAGAAAGACAAUUCUUCUUGCAUAUUUGUUGUGGCAUAUUAGACUUAAGUUUUCCUUUUUACUGCAACUUGUAAAAAAAUUUGGAUUAAGGAGUUUGUAGGGUUGACUGGAGCAUAUAUAAAGUCUAAAAUUUUGCUACGGAUUUUUUAUCUGGUUCAACACGGAUAAUAAUUUAUCUUAAAGACACCCAGCGAAUGAUAAUUUUUUUGAAAACAAAGAGAUUAUGAUAUAACCUAUUGAGAUUGAUAGAAUCUUCAAUGUCAUCUUGCAAUUAAUAUACCAUGAUGGAUACAGGCUUUCAUAAAAAACUGACACAUCAAAAGUGACAGUGAAAAUUUUAUUCAAAAUUUAUAGGAAAUAUAUGCAAAAAUGCAUAAAAAAAAACUGUAAGUAUUUUAACAUUUGGCACUCAUCAAUUAAAUAAACAAUUUGGAGUGCAAAGUUUUCAUAAUGUUAGCAUAUUCAUACAGUAAAAGGCAUUGAAUAUGAACAAUAUAGAGCAUGCUGUGAUCUAAAGGUAGGGUGGCCUGCUGCCCUGGAAACAGUUUUGGAUUCCUUAUGUUUUUAGGGUUUUUUUGCUGCAAUUUGGAUAUAUCUAAGCUACCUUGACACAAAAAAUGAUUAUAGGCAGGUACCUGGAUUCUAAAAAUUGGUGUAAAUGAUACACUGUUUAUGGUAAAUGACAUCAGAUCUUGUACCAGAUUUUUUUCUUGUGAUAAUGAGAAACCUGUGGGAAAUCAGCAAGAAAAGAAUUAGCUCACAGAUGUAUGGCUGCUAUAAUGUUAUUUUAAAAGGUUUAGGGUUAUGAUUGAAUUAUGUAGAUAAAAGAACCUUAAUUAAUAGACUUUAUUGUCUAAGGUAUGUCUCACUAGGCGCAAAAAAAAAUUGUUUGUUUCCGGUAUCCCGACCUACCCUAAAUUUUUGGCCCGACCCUAAAUGUUUUUUAAGCCUUAGAAAUGAUUAAGAAUUCGUUAUAAACAUUUUAUUAAGGAUAAGCUUUGCAAGUGGUGAUGUAAGUCUCCCUCCUCCCGUCCCACCCCAAAGGUAGCAUGCAACGUGGGCUACAGAGGUUACACUAAGCACUUGUUUUUAGUCAUGUACAUUUGCAAGAUGGGAUUUCUACUGUUUGUAGUGACAUGAAAACCAUGCUUCCAAAAAGGUUAAAUUCAGUAAUACUGUACAGUGAGGCAUAUUGAUACCUGGCACUGUGAGGAUAUGGAUACCUGGCACAGUGAAGUUACUGAUUCCUGGCACAGUUAGAGUAUUGAAACCUGGCACAGUGAGGGUAUUGAUACCUGGCACAGUGGGGGUAUGGAUACCUGGCACAGUUAGGGUAUUGAUACCUGGCACAGUGGGGUUGUGGAUACCUGGUACAGUGAGGGUAUUGAUACCUGGCACAGUGUGGGUGGGGGUUAGUACUUGGCACAGUGAGGGAAUUGUUACCUGAUACAUUGAGGGGAUUUUUGAAUUCAGCUAGAUGCUGACUCUAAGCAGAUAAAGAUUGUGAUAUAUGAAGCAGAGAUUUUUGAUUGCUGAGUUCUUGAACAAGAAAAUGUGUUACACAUAAAAAUAGUAUACUGUGAUAGUUACCGGUAAUGUGUGUGAGGAUACCUGCGCAUAGAAACAGGUGUAUUCAUGUACAUAAACAAUGUGUAAGUGUGCUUACGCAUUUAACAAUAACAUAGUUAUAUAUUUUUGCCAUACAUUAUUAUAUAUAUUGGAGAAUUUGUUGGUUUUUCUUCUGUGUAAAAUGAUAAAUAUUUGUUAAGUGCUGAGCAUGUCUUUGUUUUUUCUUGUUGCUUACAUUUACAUUGUUUAUGAUGUUUUUGAUGUUAUUUUUUUCUCUACUACAUACAUAUAAGUAUAAUAUAUAUAUAUAUUUAGUGAGAGAGAUAUGUUAUAUUGUAAUUACAGCCGAAGCAAUAUUUGAUUGUACAUAAGUCUUUCUGGAUUUUUUUGCAUAGCUGUUGGAAAAAGUCUGUUGGCAAAAAUACUAGCUUUUGCAGUUACAAGAGAAAACUAUUAAAAUGAGCAGGCCAAAGCAAAUGUUGUCACUUUCAACAUUUUAGUUCUUUAAAAGAAAUCAUGCAAUUUAAAAAGAGACUCGAUUGUUGAUGGGUGCGGGGUGGGGUGGUGGGGGGGGGGGGUUGAAAGUUUUGAAAUUAUUUUUUUUAGUUUAAAAACAUAAAGGGAAUAAUAUGCAUGUAUAAUUGUAUGUUUAUAUAAUGAUUCCCAUUCAUUGGUCAAAAUAAUAUUUAAAAAUGCAUUUUCUUGCUCAUAUAGAUUUGGUACAUGGCCUUGAUAAAAAUACUUUAUGGUUAUUUGCUUAUUUGAGUGAUGGAUUCUUUCUGUUAACUAAACAUGUUUAAUGUAAAGUGGAAAAAUUCUGAGAAAAGUCUGUAUUAUGUUGAUAUGUUUGUAUGUCACAGUUGUAGAUAUAUGUUCUUAUGUUUGAUUACGAUCUUGAGGAUUUAGACAGAUUGUUUCUGAUAAGUAUAUGAAACAGAUUCAGUGAUUUCUUACAUUGCUGAACUAUGUUGAGUUUAAAACUAAAUAGGUUGUUUAGUUUUUCUUGAAGUAAACAGCGGCGAUGUAUUGUUCAGUUAAUUGAUCUAUGGAUUCAAUUGUUCAAAUAAAUUCAGUUAAACUGUC